AGAUGGCCAAACCAUGCCCUCAUUCAGUUAGAAAUAGCAGUAUGGGGGGGAGAGAGAGGGUGAAAAUUGACUCGGUGGGUGUGUGCGUGCGUGCAUACACUCGCUCUUUUUUUUACAGGAUUGACUAUGCAAAGGAUUGCCAUAUAAGCCCCUCUGUUCUCAUGCUGGAUUAUGACUCGUUGAGAACUGUGAGGAAAUCCACAUCUGCUCUCAUCUGUUGAUCUGUUGGAUGGUGGUGGCUGUACUGGUUCCUCCCCCUCUCUUGUUUUCACCCAGAGAGCACUACAAGUUUCACUGUGGUUUCCAGCCUAGGAGGAGGACUGGGCCAUAUUCAAUAAGCCCCAAACGGAAGACAACGGACUGAAAACGAAAGGGACCGUACCUCAACUUGUCCAAUAAGCAACGCACAUUUUCGCUCUCCGUUUCUAAGCAUUUGGCUCUUUUCUGCCCUAAUGUAUACGACCCUGGUCUAAACUGUUGAAAUUCUUUUAUCUGUCUGCUGCGGCUUAGUUUUGAAACUUUUUCGACACGUUUGCGCCGUUCCAGCUUGCGACGCGGCUGCCACAGUGUCUCUCAGGUUUCUCUCUAUAUAUAGACACCCACUCGGUAAACCAAGAUGUCUGCCCCUGCCAUUACCCUUGCUUUGUGGACAUACUGUCGAGACUAAGUGCAGAUGUUUAGCACUGUGUUGAAACAUGUUGCCCUGUUGGAGCCAACACGUUAGUUGCACGUUUUCUGUUGGGUAAUGGAUGUAGAAAUAUAUCUGCCUUUUAGAGGCAAGGUUGCCUUGCCGGACCAUUUCUUUCAUUAUAUGAACCCUGUUUCUCCGCUGUCCAUGACGGCGUUUUGCUGCUCAUGUGUUUGCAAGCCAGCCAGUAGUUUAGUGUUGUUGAAAGGAAGGACUGUGGAAUCGAAAGUGUCACUUUAAAAUAUGGAUGCUCAUUUGUCUUUGGCUACAGUGACUCAUCAUCAUAACGCAACUGUUCGCGAUGAAACAGCCUACACUUUGUGUGUGCUUUUAUUGUGGCCUUGACGGGUGCCAUUUUGUUCCUUCUCUUGUUUUGUGGAAAUGAACAAUGGAAACGUAUUCAGAAGUAGCGUCGUCGUGACGCACCUAGGGUGCAUCAGUGGUCGACUUGAGGAUCGAGUGUAGGCUUUGACAGUCAGGCUGACACAAACAUCCAAUAAUAAUCAGUGCAGAGUAUCGAGAGUGACAUGUUUUAUGUUUCCUUCAGUCCUUCCCUAUUUGCUGCUUGAGAUGAGCUUGGCCGUGUGUGUGUGUGUGUGUAUAUGAAAGAGACCGAGCCAGGAGGGGGGAGAUGUACUACAGUUUGUACCAGGAAGUCCUUUCCCUGGUUGGUGUGGAGGAUGUCUGGGCAUGUCCACACCACACUCUUGUCACCAGAGCAGAAUGCAUGCUCUGUCACAUUCUUUGCGUUGGUGUGUGUGUGUGAGAGAGAGAUGUGACACAGGAGAGCGAGAUAAUUGAAUGACUGUUUUCCAUAGCCCAGCCUAAAUCUUUAUUCUGUGUAUUACACACGUUUGCCCUGGUUUGGUUUCUCAAUGGUUCUAGCUUUAUGUUCCGCGGGCGCCUUUUUACCAGGUUAUGUAGAACAGUAUAACGCGUGCUUAGCAUGUAACGUUGUAUGCCACACAUGUUGUCCCCUCAGAACAUUCCCAUAAGUUCUAGGUUACGUGUUAGCGUUUCCAUGUUUUGUGCUGGUAUGGAACAUGGACGCAUGGGUCUGAACUUUCACCACCCCGGAGCAGAUCACAUCAUGCCAUUGAACACCAGGAGCUAUGGCCGCAGAAGAGGUCGCUCUUCACUCUUUCCGUUCGAGGACGGUUUCCUGGACGACGGGCACGGUGACCCCUCUCUGACCCCGGGGUUGAACUCGCCCACGCGCUGUCAAAACGGCGAGAGGAUGGAGCGCUACUCCAGGAAGGUGUUCGUCGGAGGCCUUCCCCCUGACAUAGAUGAAGAUGAGAUCACCAACAGCUUCCGUCGCUAUGGACACCUGGUGGUGGAUUGGCCCCACAAAGCCGAGAGCAAGUCCUACUUUCCACCUAAAGGCUAUGCCUUCUUGCUGUUCCAAGAGGAGGCCUCUGUCCAGGCCCUGAUUGACGCCUGCAUCGAGGAGGACGGGAAGCUUUACCUUUGUGUCUCCAGCCCCACUAUCAAGGACAAACCAGUCCAAAUCCGCCCCUGGAACCUGAGUGACAGUGACUUUGUGAUGGAUGGCUCCCAACCGCUGGACCCCCGCAAGACUAUAUUUGUGGGGGGGGUGCCCCGGCCUCUACGCGCAGUGGAACUAGCUAUGAUCAUGGACAGGCUGUAUGGGGGUGUGUGCUACGCCGGCAUUGACACUGACCCGGAGCUCAAGUACCCCAAGGGGGCGGGCCGUGUGGCCUUCUCCAAUCAGCAGAGCUACAUCGCCGCCAUCAGCGCCCGAUUUGUUCAGUUGCAGCACAACGACAUUGACAAACGGGUGGAGGUGAAGCCGUACGUCCUGGACGAUCAGAUGUGUGACGAGUGCCAGGGGGCGCGCUGUGGGGGGAAGUUUGCCCCCUUCUUCUGUGCCAACGUCACCUGCCUGCAGUACUACUGUGAGUACUGCUGGGCCAGUAUCCACUCCCGGGCGGGCCGAGAGUUCCACAAGCCACUGGUGAAGGAGGGGGGCGACCGCCCUCGACACGUGUCCUUCCGCUGGAGCUGAGGGGGUCGAGGAUAAGCCCUGCCCCGCGGCCCCACCCCCAACAGCCCCUCAACCCCCUUAACCGGGACAGCGCUACACCCCACCCACCCCCCUGCUCUGCACCCCCUCCCCACCACCUCAACAUCAGUGAAGAGGAUAACUACAAAUACAUGGGUCUUUCAUUUUCAAACUACACUGCUUGAUUACGAACUCAUUGUCCAGUGUACCCUUAUGAUGACAAUAGGGUGGGGGGAAAAAAUGAAUCGCAAAAGUCUAUCUGCUUAGAAUUUGCACUUUGGCUCAAAACUCACUAAACACAUAUGGGAUGUAAGCAAAAAACAUAUUGUGUUCAAGUCCCCUGUUCCAUGACUUGGUGGGUCAGGGUCUCCUGAUUAUACAGUUACAGUACAUAUAUAUUUAAAAAGUAUAUAUAUAUUUUUGUUUUAAAUAUAUCUAUCUAACAUAUAAAGAUAAUUCAAUUCUAUGGGAAAGGAGCAUGCACUUAUUUAAAAAAUGUUUUAGGAUAUCGCCCCUUAUAUUACCAAAGGCAAAAAUGAAAUCCAUGCAUUCAGAAAACCUAAAUAGGUGGCAUAAGAUGUAGGAAUACUAUACAUUUAUCCAGUAGUCUGGGCCAUAGAAGACCAGAUUUAAAAAAUAAAAUAAAAACAUGGCUAUAUUUGCUAUUUGCUAUAUUUGACUCUGAAAAUAGUAAAAUUAAUACCUCAUAAGACGCAAUCAGAUUUUGUUUUGCUUUUGAUUUUGUAGGUCUUUAUUUUUGUUAGGACUUUAUUUUCUAGUGUUAUGUUGAUGUAAUGCUGCUGAAUAGUACUUUAUUCAGGCUAGGGUGUUAUAACAACUAUGAUGUCACCUGGUGUUAAGGAUGAUGACAGGCUAUCAUAGGGAGAGGGGCGUCCCUUACGAUGCCUAGUAUGAUGUGGGGUGGGGGAGGGGGCGUCGCCCCUAACUGCAUGUUCUUUUCAAUCAGGUUGCUGCAUGCAAUAGAAUUUCAGUCUCAUGUCUACUAUUCAAUUCUGCCCAUGUUUGCACAGCACCAAUAUAGAUGUACGUACAACUAGCAUGAAACUGGACUCAACAGGGAAGACAGACUGGUAAAAGAAUCCAACACCCCCCAGUGAGAAGUUAACAGCCACAGGGGCAGUAUGAGCAGGCUGCUUCUGCACAAGGUGGCUAACAUAACCAGAUGACGAAACCUUAAUAUUAAUCCUGAAUCCAAGUAGAUGUAGGAUAUAUCAUUUAAAACUGUCUACGAUGUGGGUGAAGUACUUUUCUUUAUUUUUUUUUGUUGCAGUGAUUGUUAAUAUAAUUGUGCGAUUUCUGUUAGUUUUAUACCGUACAUAGUUGGGUCUGAGUAUGCCUAUAGAACUGUGAUUUCGCUUUAAGUGUUGUUAACGUCCGACAUAGAAGUCCUGUGAAACUUCAUGAACUAGUGUAUGCACACGUGUAUAUAUACGUUCUCUCAUACACACACACACACACACUCACAUUACACCGAUGGUUCUCUUUCUCUUAAACAUACAUACAUGUACAUAUACAGACCUAGUACGCACACAAAGUUUGACCCAAAUACACAGAACAUAUGACGCGCAGACUAAAGUGAGCUUGAAUCUGAGAAACACAGAACUGCUGUCUGUACUGUUGACAGGGUCAUGUCCCCCCAAAAAAACCAAAGAGCUCACAUAUGUUCAACUUAAACGAACCAACACAUACGGAGACCACAGAUAAUACUGUGCGAAGCAUCAAGCGCUAUGCCUGUGGGUUUAAAGGUGCAAGUUAGAAACAUUUGUACUGUUGUGGUGACAAGGCAUACGAGACAGUGAUGAGAAGACAGACAGAACAUUGAAGCUACUGGAGACUUGUGGUUUAGUAAACUGAGCUCCUUCUCAGCCUGCACAUAAAGUUCUCUGGCUACGGGGUUGUGAUAACAUUGCCAGAACAUUGUGUGCUAGCUGGGAUUUACCAUAUUUAUCCAGAUUUUCCUGCAAAGCUUGAAGUAGAAUAAUGACCUGCUAAAAUGGUGGACAUUUUUUUUUUUUUAUCAAAAGGCUAUGGAAUGGGGUGCAGUUGAAUAGGAUGGGUGGGGUGGGAGGUAUUGGGUAGUUAUAAAUGCAGGACAAAUAAACAAAGCAUUGGCUGCUGGGGUUGGUUUGGGUUUGAGCGGUGGCGUUUGGGGCUAAGUUACACUGGUUUUUAGCAGUUUUGUGGACAAUCCAGUCUGGAUCCUGCAACAUUGUGAGUUGAUGUGUCGUCUCCUUUUCUGUGUGUUGCGAUUGUCCCAUGCUGGCACCCCCGCCGUCCUCUCUCGGUUUUAGUCGCAAAACGGUUUGCUUUAGGACAAACCAUUUUGUUUGUUUCUUGUAAAAGUAAACUAAUCUAAACCGAAGAUACUUUUUUAGUGAUAGAAAAGUCUACAAAAAAAAAAAGAGGCUAACCAUGAGUAAUAAUAAGUCUCCCUAUUUAAGUGAAUUCUGGGUGUUUUUGUGAGAUGUCUUUCCCCGCCCAGAAGGGUUUUCUAUGUUUGUUCCUUCUCUAUAAUAGACGUGUUAUGCACUACUCUUUGUAUCUGGACAGUUUAACAGUCAGCAAUUGUUUUUGUUGGGAGAAAAACAAAAAGUGUGCUUUCUGACUGACAUGAUCUUUUGCAAUACCUCAAUUUUGAAAUAUAUUAGGAGAGAAAUUGAUAUUUUCUAAGUUUAUUCAAAUAAAAAAAAAUAUAUAUAUUAAUUUAAUUCUGCCAGAGAUGAUUUAACAGGUGGUUGAUUUUAUUUUUGUCAUGCUUAUUUGCUUUUUAUUUUCAAUUUUAUUUUUUUUGAAAAAACAACUGAAGGAGCUAGAGCUUUCUAACUUUAAUAUAAUGACGUAGUUAGCUGAAGUACAGAGUCUACCUUAUUACAGAGGAGGUUAGAGUGAGUUUCCCACUGGUCUUAUACCCGUGGAAGCACGGUGUCACCAAGACAAACAUAACAUGAGCGGUAGUGUUCCAAGGAAAAUAUUAGCCCUAAAAAUUGUUGUUCUAUAUAAAUAAAAGUCUAUCGGGUGAACUGAAGAUACUUCCCUUAUUUUGUAUAUUUAUAAUCAGUCAUUUACUAUGCUGACCAGAAUUGUGAAAGAGAUCUUCUGUUCAUGUUAUUUUUUUAAGAACUUUUUUAUGUUUCCUAAAAGUAUGCGUUUCAUUUUGUUUUGUAAAAGCAACACCCUAAUUUUGUUAGCCUGAGAUUGUUUAAAAAAAGAGACUUUAAGCAGAUGAGGUGGAGAGAAAGGAAUGUUUAAAAAAAUAUAUAUAUUAUUAAGAGAUACAAGUGUUUCAACUGUAACUUGUUCGAAAGCCCCCAAGGUGCAUCAAUUGACUGGUAGCCUUCUAUUCACGCAAGACUUGAAUUAGUCCCAUUUUUUUUUUAAGGCUAAGAACCUCGAUUCUUUGUUGUAAUGUGCAAUACUGUUUGUACUGUUUGUAAAAAAAAAAAAAAAAAAAUAUGAAAAAAGAGGCAAAUCUUUAUUGCAGAUUUAUUUUCAUUGCAAGCAUUGUGAUUCACUAAAAUCAUUUUCUACUGUGUAUUUACCUACUCUACAUGCUAGUACCUUCCAGUAGUAAUGUAGCCUUUGUACUGAGAAAUUUUUCAUUAUUUUUAGAGAUUUUUGCUAAAAAAGAAAAUAAUUUAAACAUUUACGUAUUUUUAUUUCGUAUUUUCUUUACAGACUUAUUUCUCAACCAUUAAUAGUUAUUUCUGGGGGAGACUUUCAUAUCUGGUCAAUGUCAUUAAUAUUAUUUUAUAUUUUUACUUGGAAUAAAUUCAUUUUAUGAUGCUAAUUCUUUAAAAAAAAGUUACUUUUUUCAUUUGUUCACUUUAUUUUAUUUUUGGAAGCUGAAAAACCUUUGUAAUAUUGUUACUUAAGUGUGUAGAUUUUUUAAAUGCAAAGCUUAAUGUGUUAACUCGCUGAUGUUGCUUACAUUAGUGUGAUGAUGAUUUAAGGAGGGGGGGGGAACUAUUACGGUUGGUAUUGUUAAGUGAUUGGCAAUGUAAAACAAAUGAACGGGCAAUAAAAUGAAAAGGCAGAAUGUGGUAUGUUGUGAUGUUGUGGAAGCUGGACAAUGCUACUUACCACUCCUACUGCUUCCGCUACUGCGGUAUAACCCCACCUUGUAUAGUCAAUAACAUUGUAUGGCCAAGAUGUCACAACACUUCCACUGAUGUGAAACAUCACAAUACCUUUUUAAAAUGUUAAUCAUGCUACAUGACCCUCCCUUUAGUUUCAGAUGGUGGGUAAACCCCUGUAGGAACCUGAAAAGUGGCUAUGUGCACCGGUGAGAUUGUAUUUAAGAAUGAAUGUAAAUGUUAAGAUGAACUGUAUAAUUAAGUGGAGGGUGUGACUUGUUGGAAUUUAUUCCCGAUAAUAGGAGUCAUACAUCUAAAUCUUAGACAUGUUUUCUUUCUGUCCCCAAACCACCUAGAUUUCUUUAGUCACAGUUUAGUGUGUACGAACUGCCCUUAGAUUUCAAUUUGAGCCAAGAUACACUAACAUUGUGGUGCGUUCUUCAGGGAUGGCAUUAAUCUGAUUUUUGCCCUCAUAUCCAUAGACUAUUGGUCCAUAUGAAGUGUUGUGACAUCACCACUUCCUGUACUAUAGUAUUGUCAUCAAUAAGCGGAAAAAAACACCAAUGCAAAUGCUGGUCUGAGAAUGUUAUUUCUAGCUUGCCUUUUCUACCAGUUUGUACAGGUAGUGUUCUACUAAUUAACUUAAUCUUGUACUCACCCAGUGCUUUCUCCCAAGGGUCAGUAUUACAGUUAUACCACCAAGUAUUUAUUACAUUUUAUUUAUUUGUUAAGCAAACACUAUACCCUGGCAAUAUUAAACUAUGUGCAACUGAAAGGGACAGUUUGGAUAAAAUGGAAAUCAUGUGUGGUGGUGGAAAUUUCAUAUCCCUAUUUCAUAACGCUUCAUGAAUGUUCUCUCAGUAGGCCCUUCAUUUUGUGAUCUAAAAAAAAACUUUUAACUUGCUCAAGUUUUUUUUUUCAGACAAAAUCACAACUUUUUAAAAGUGAAGUGUUCAUUAAUUUUUCAAAGUAAUACUUAUUUGUUUGAUUACUGGUUCUAUCUUGACAAGGCUUUGAAAUUGUUGACUUGGACCUAUGCUUGUCUGAAUUUGCAGUAUAACUAAUUUAAAAAAAAAACAUGGCGCUCUAUGCUGCUAAUGCUUACUACUACUGCUUCAAGGUUGUAGUUCCCACCUUUUCCCUUUUCUGUACUAAUAAGCAAGUCUUAUUAAAUAUAGUUGUAUGA